AUGCGGGUUUUAUUUUGGAACAUCAAUGGAGUUGCACGUGAUGUAGCUCAAGAUAAACUUAAGGAGUUAAUUAGAGAUUUUAAGCCAGAUCUUUUUUGCCUAACUGAACCUAAAGUGCACUGCUCUGCAGCGUUUGGUAAUGGUAUUCUAAGGGAAGGUUUUUCUCCUCAUGUUAUUCAUAAUGUUUCUUCUUCUAGUGUGGCUAAUCUUUGGGUUUGUUAUUCGAAUACAAUAAGUCCUUCAAUAGUUAAUGUCAUCAAACAGGCCAUUACGAUUGAGGUUGAUGGGGUUCAUGUUUCUUUUAUUCAUGCUAGAUAUAUUCAAGUUACCAGGAGAAGACUUUGGCAGCAACUUAAUAUUCAUGAUGACGCUAUUCCUUGGCUAGUCAUUGGUGAUUUUAAUUGUAUCCUUCGUCUAGAUGAGAAAAAGGGUGGUCUUGAGCCAAGAACUUCUACUAUUAAUGAGUUUUCAGAUUGGUUGUAUGACAACAAUCUUUUUGAAGCUGAUACUUUGGGUACUAAAUUCACUUGGACUAAUAGACAAUCGGGUAUGGAGAGAAUUAUAAGUAAACUUGAUCGUGUUGUUAUUAAUGCGGCUUGGCUUGCAAAGUUUGAGAAUUGGCGGUAUAAAUCUCUUCUUAGGGAAGUUUCCGACCAUUCUAAACUUUUGGGUUUUCCUUUUGCUGUUCCAAGACCCAAAAGAGCACCUUUUCGUGUUCAAAAGAUGUGGUUCUUGCACACUGAUUUCCUUCGCAUGGUUAGCGAGAGUUGGAAUAUGCCAGUUACCGGGUUUCUUGAUUUUAUUUUCACAUAUAAAUUAAAGAGGCUCAAAGGGGUGAUCAAGGAGUGGAAUCUUUGGGUUUUUGGUAAUGUGCAUUCUCGGUUAAAACAAGAUCAGUUGAGGUUUGAGGCAGCUGCUCUUUGUUCGGAUGAAGACCCUAAUGAUACUACGAAGUUAAACCUCAUGAAAGAUGUUAUGGCUAAGCUUAGUGAAACGUGUAUGCAACUAAACACUAUGCUUAAACAAAAAUCAAGAAAUCAGUGGCUUGUGGAGGGUUCAAGCAACACUAAUUUCUUUCAUAAUAGCAUUCGAAUUCGUAGAAGUUUUAACACCAUUUCUGAGCUUGUUGACAGUGCCAGCAAUACCAUUUCUGAUUAUGACCAUCUUAGAGACCAUGUUGUGCACUAUUAUGAGGACAAGUUCAAUGGGCCAGAGUUGGAGGGUGAUGCUAGUUUAUUCGAUUAUGAUCACAUUAGCAUCUCGGAGGAGGAGAGUUUAGCCAUGGACAGAAUUCCGUCUCCUGAGGAAAUUAAACAAGCAGUUUUUGAUUUAGGGGCUGACAGUGCUCCAGGUCCGGAUGGUUUUUCUGGAUGCUUCUAUAGACACUGCUGGGAUAUUAUUCAAGAAGACUUGAUUAAGGAUAUUAUUUUUUAUUGGAAUAAUGGUCAUAUUCCAAAUGGAGUGAACUCAAGCCUAAUCGUUUUGCUUCCCAAGGUAAGAGGUGCAAACACUCUUCGUAAUUUUUGUCCUAUUGGUAUUAGUAAUUUUUUCUUCAAAACUUUUACUAAGAUCUUGGCUUCUAGACUAGGAAGUGUUUUGCAUAAUCUUGUUUCUGAGGAACAGGUGGCUUUUAUGAAAAGGCGUAACAUCCAUGAAAACAUUAGUCUUGCUUCGGAAAUGGUUAAUGAGCUUCAUAUCAAACGCAAAGAUGGUAAUAUUGGCCUUAAGCUUGACAUCACCCAAGCUUUGACACGGUUAGUUGGUCCUUUGUGUUGGAAGUUUUUCGUAGGCAAUUUACGGAGCAUUAAUAAUCUGGUGGAUUUGCUGGGUAAAUAUCAGCGUGCUUCUGGUCAAACAGUUUGUCGCCAAAAGAGUAAGAUUUAUUAUGGUGGUGGUUCCCUGAGUAGAAGGACUUAUCUUGCUGAUUAUUUGGGGAUGAGUGUUGCUACUUUUCCGGACGGUUACUUGGGAGUCCAAAUCAUGCCUGGUACUAUUAUAUAUCGUCAUAUCUCCGAUGUGGUUGAGAAGAUUAAGACCUAA